GGUGCCAAUAAAUCCGGAGCUGGCAGGUGAUGCAAUAAACAGUGUAAAGGUAUGCCAUCUGUUUGAGCAGAGUGUACAGAUGAGGAGGUGAGACAGCUGGACAGACUAAAGGACUGCUAAGUCCACCACUGCUGAAUGUCCCACUAUCAGCAGGAAGCAUGCAGGUUAGGGUUUAAGCACCAGCGUGACUCGGAGAACCACGUACCUUGAGUGUGAAUACAGGUGAACAUGACAUGAAAUAAAUGGUGAAAUUUACACAGCGAAACAUCAGUAGAUACAAAGGGAUUAAAAAUGAAAGUACGAAUAAAAUAAUUUUUAAAAAUAUCAUCGAGAUUAGAAACAGUGUAUUUGUGGGUUGAAAAUUUGUUCUUCCUCAAAUUCCUUGUAUCUUUCAACACACUCCCUCACUCUCUCUCUCUCUCUGUCUUUCUCGCUCUCCCUCUCUCUCCCUUCCUCAUACAUACUCCUGCAUGUGAAUACGUGGAGAGUGACUACUCCUACAAGCUUCAUAUCUCUGAAGAGGAGAAGCUCCUUUUCUCCUCAAAAUUCGGUCCUUGACCUCUGAUCAUGGAGUUCAACCCUCCUCCACCAUACCCGGGCCCCAUCGACCCCACACCUGGAGCUGCUUAUCCUCCUCUAUCAGUGGUGCAGGACACUGUGUAUCCAGCUCCCCCCAAGUACAGCACCACAGUGGUUCAACCUGCACCUAUGAUAAUGCAACCAGAGCUAACGGUGGUCCAGCCAACGACAGUCAUCCAGACCCAACCGGCUCUAAUGGUGGUAAACCCUGUGGUUGUUCAGUCAGCUCUGACAGAAACACCUGCUCCAAUGAUGUGCACUUACUGCCACCAGCAAAUUGUCACUGUGACGAACCCCACCACAGGACUCCUGGUCUGGACUAUUUUUGGAGUCCUGUUUUUACUUGGAAUUUGGCCGUGCUGUCUGAUUCCCUUCUGUGUGGACUCCUGUAAAGACGUCCAACACAAGUGCCCCAGCUGCGGGAACGUUCUGCACAUUUACAGACGCAUGUGAGAACCCAAAGAACCCAAAGAACCCAAAGAACGCAAAGGACGUGAAUCAACAAUGCUCCGAGUGUGCGUAAAACAACAAUAUGCUUUAAAUGUCAUUUUGCAAAAUUUGGCUUUAUUCUGUUCUCCACAUUCCUCACAUACUUCACUUUCACAUACACAGUUCAUACUUUACAAAGUGAGUACUGAGAAUGUGAUCUCACUGAGAUGAGAAAAAUUGCUUGGUAUGUAUUUUAAUGAAAAACAUUGACUUUAAUUCUUCAGUACUAACAUCAUGACUUCAGUAUUAUAAGGUAAUAUCUUGCAUUUUGGUUGAAAAUUCGGAGUUAACCGCAUAAACUCAGUGGUGUAAUUUUUGCAAAAUUUUUGAUGUGAUCAUUUAAAGAAAGUUGUAUCACCAAAAGCACAGAUAAACUUGGUUUUAUCGUCCAGCCAAUCAUUAUCCAGGAAGAACAUGAGAUGAACGCAACAUAGGCAUCCUAAGCCAAUCAAUAUCCAUGUUCUUUUGACCAAAAGAUUGAAAAUGGUGGAAAUAUGUGGUGUCAUUAUUCCAGCGAUGGUAAUUCCAGUUCUUUCCAAUGAGACACAUCAUUUGACUCAUCAUUUAGCUCCCAAAUGGCUCUUUUGCCAUUUCUUUCGAAACCAGACAAAGAUUGUGAUAUUUUAAGCAGUUAUUGUACAUUUAUUUACAUGAAAUCUUAUUCUACCUUCUAGUAAACAAAAUAAAAUAACCACGUUACCAAUAUGUUCAAACAGAUUUGAAGCCUCAGUACAACUUUUAAAUGCAGGAAUAAAAAGUGCAGAAAAUGUUUUUUUAAUAGUUUUUCAAUGUAUAGAUGUAUAAAUGUGUUCAAAUAUUUCUAAUUUCUC